GGGACUCAUUUAAACCCUGGUUUCUGCUCCGAGCGGGUUGGUCAGUUGGUUGAAACUGCUAGCGGAGUUCCGAAUAGUGACUCCAGUACUUUUGGGGUUCGUAUGCUUGUCAGCGCGGCACAGAGUGGGAGAGUGCGUAGGAUGCUGCUUUUUUUUUCAGUCAAGUCUUUCAACUCAUAAAAACAAAGGUUGAAGCUUCCUGUGUCCCAUCAGUAAAGAAAGACUGCCGACGUAUCUGAUUGGUAUUACAAUUAGAGAGAGCUCCUGCGUGCAUCAACAAAAGGACCGAGGUAAGAUCAGACUCAGGACACAGUGAGAAGCCAUGAACUCCACGUCAGAAGAGGCCACCUCCUCGUCCCUCCAGAAUGGAGACUGUGUCGAGAUGCAGGGGAAAGACAACCCAAGCUUCGCGCCCCAUGCCGAGGACGAAGGGAAGGACGGGGGUGCGAGGAGUAGGAGUUCAGUCGUGAACAUCAAUGCAGAGUGUUCUGAUGAUGAGGAGGAUGAGAUGCACGAGAACUUCUUAACGAUGCUGCCUUUUGUUGAUAACUUCAAGAAAAAGAUGACACAAUUUCCCAAAUGGAAGGCGUGUCUCCUCUCCAUAACAUUGGCUGCAGCCUAUGUGGCUUACGUCAUUGCAAUUCUCGUCAUCCAAACCAAAGCAGAGGAAAGUAACUACUGGUGUGACGCAGACGGUCUUGUCAUAAUCAUCACCGCAAUACUAUUCCUGGGACUGUUUUACUUCCUGGUUGUCAAGCAUUUUUGGGGGAAGAUGUUGUAUCACAAUGUAGUCAGACCAGUGAACAGCUUCACAGACAAAGUCCUUGCCCACAAGUGGGUUCCAUGGGUGUUCUUCCUGGUGCUGGUGGUUGGUGCCCUUGUGUUCAUCGGGGUGGACUCUAGACACAACAUGCAGCGCCUCCAGUCCCUCCUUGGUGUGGUGGUGCUGCUACUGUUUGGCUUCAUCUUCUCAGUAGCUCCCAAAAAGGUGAGGUGGCGCCACGUGGCCUGGGGCAUGGCUCUGCAGUUCAUCCUGGGCUUGAUCAUCCUGCGGUGGCCCUUUGGCCGCUCAGUGUUUGAGUGUCUGGCCGGCAAGGUGGCCACCUUCCUCGCCUUCACAGAUGAAGGAGCAGGUUUUGUGUUUGGAGAUUUAGCCACUGUUGACAGGAUUUUUGCCUUCUCGGUCCUACCAGUGAUUUUGUUCUUCAGCUUCUGUGUGCAGAUUCUUUACUACUAUGGUGUGAUGCAGUGGGUGGUGAUCAAAAUGGGCUGGUUUCUGCAGGUCACCAUUGGCACCACAGCCUGUGAGAGUGUUAAUGCUGCUGCCAAUAUCUUCCUGGGGCAGACAGAAGCACCACUGCUCAUCAAGCCAUUCAUUCCCCAAAUGACCAAGUCAGAGCUGCAUGCAGUCCUCACUGGAGGAUUUGCCACAGUGGCUGGCUCUGUCAUGGCUGCAUACAUAUCAUUUGGUGUGAAUCCUGCCCACCUCCUGUCUGCGUCAGUGAUGAGUGCACCCGCUGCACUUGCCUUCUCCAAACUCUUCUAUCCAGAGACCAGAAAAUCUAAGACAAAUGUCAAAAACAUUCAAAUAGCGAAAGGGGAAGAGGCUAAUCUGCUUCAUGCUGCCAUGGUGGGGGUGACAAACGCCAUCCCUCUUGUUGCUAAUAUUGCUGCCAACCUUGUGGCUUUCUACGCCUUCAUUGCAUUUGGCAGCCAUGUCUUUGACUGGACCUGUACACUGGCUGGUGCUGAAGAGGGUACCUGCUCCAUAGAGAGUUUGUUUGGGUGGAUCUUCAUGCCGCUGGCCUGGGUAAUGGGAGUGGACUGGGCCGAGUGUGACAAGGUGGGGCAGCUCAUCGGACUCAAGACAAUACUGAAUGAAUUUGUGGCAUACGAAAAGCUUUCAGAAAUGUUAAAAGCUGAAGAGCUCUCCGUUAGAGCAGAGGUCAUUGCAACAUAUGCACUGUGUGGAUUCAGCAACAUCAGUUCCAUUGGCAUCAACCUGGGAGGGUUUGGCGCCAUGGCUCCCAAUCGCAAGGUAGACCUAGCCAAGGUGGUGCUGAGGGCCAUGAUUGCUGGCAGCUGUGCUUGUUUCCUCACAGCAUGUAUAGCAGGGACCUUGCUGGAUGACGUGGGCCGUGGGAGCAGAUAGCUUCUACACUCUCAUCUCACUUUUAGGUUUAAGGUUCCAAUUUUUAAACAUUUUUACUGUUUUCAAUAUAUCACUGAUAUUUAAAAGUAAUCGUAUAGUUGAAUAUCAUAUAGUCAAAUAUUAUAUCUGUAUUAUAUAGUUUUUACUCAUUUUUUAUAGUUUUUAUGAUCUUUUAACUAAAUCACGAUGUACACAGUAAUUGCUCCAUCAGUUUUUACAAUAAAAAUACAAAUAAUAAUUACUCAAUCACUUUUUACAAUUAAAAAUAAAAAGAACUGUUUUACGGUUUUCAAUGACUGAUUCUGCUUCAAUGUGUUCAUACCAGGGAAGAAGAGAGAGAGAUGUAAAAUAUUGAAAGUGUAAUGAAAAAAAAUCAAACCUACAAACCCCAAAAAUGGUGCUCUGAAUUAAUCUCUUUGAACUAUGAAUCAACAAGCAAAAAAAAACAAUUUAUGGGAAGAUUUGAAGAGUGAAUGGGCUGAGUGUGUUGAGUGCCUGAGGGUACAUGUUAUAGGUUCAAACAGUCCUUCACAGUAUGCUGACUUGUGACUCUACACUUAGCCGACAGUCAGUGCUUUCCUUAUAAACAUACUUUGUACUUCAGGGUUCCUUACCUCGAUUUAGCAACCUUGAGUGUAUUUGGACACCAAGUCAACAAGCAUGAAAAGCCAAGCAAAUAAAUGUAAAAUGAAAGACAUGAGAAUAUGGAAAGGCAUAAAAAGCUAGUGUUUACUUGUAUAUUGUCUAUGAACUACCAGUACCAGUGUAGCCUUGCAACAUAGAUGGGCACUUUUAACCAGUAGUCAAGCAUAAGUUGUGCUUGUGAUUAGAGAGGAAGGACAAUUUAACACUUCUAGAUGAUAGGAACAUUAGAAACUCUAGAAAUAGAAAUUCUGUGUGAAGAAUAAAUACAUAUUCUUUGACCCAAUACAGGUGAAGAUGGUCAAGGAAAAUCCUUAUUAGCACGGCUGGGUAUCAAAAUGUUUCAAGGAAGAUUUCCUCAAAUAUGGAAAGUAACAAGUGACUGAAGAAAGGGGUGAUGUGAGGCUUAUAAUUAUAAAUACAUGGUAGGUUUGUAAAUAGGUUUGUGUUCACAAAAGUACUUUAGCAUAUUUAAAACGGUAAUUUUGCAUAGGAACAUUUUUUGCAUAAAAUUUGUAACUAAUCCAAGUCCAUAAAUUAAAUUGUUCUUCUGGAA